AUGGCAGAUAGAUUCCCAUCACUCGAGGAAUUUGACUCUGGAGCCGAGCCCUCUGCCGACGACUUCCUUGCCCGCGAGAAGGCUCUUCUUGGUGACGAUGCCGAGCAAUUCACCACAACCCAGGAUUCCGAAGCGGCUGGCGUUGGUGACCGAGCUAUUGCGCAGACGCGACAGGACGCGAAGCAAUUCUUGGCCAACCGCGAGGACACUGUCUCCGGCGGCACAAGCUGGGAUCGCAUCGCUAAACUGGUCGAUGUCAGUGGCAAGGGUGUAAAGGGCGGAGCUGCUGGUUCUGGUAAGGAGAGAUUCCGUGAGCUGUUGGUCACUUUGAGGAAGGACGACAAGGCCCCGGGUGCCGUUGGCGUCUAG